AAUCAGUAAAAUUUGAGUUGUGAGGAAUCGAAAAAUCGAAAAUCGAAUUGUGAGGAAUCGGAAAUUAACAAUUGAAAUUGUGAGGAAUCAACAAAAUUGAAAUUGUGAGAAAUCCAAAAAUUAAAACUGAAAUUGUGAGGAAUCAGUAAAAUUUGAAUUGUGUGGAAUCGAAAAAUAGAGAAUCGAAUUGUGAGAAAUCAAAAUUAAAAAACUGAGAUUGAAAUUGUGAGGAAUCAGUAAAAUUUGAAUUGUGAGGAAUCAAAAAAUAUAAAAUCGAAUUGUGAGAAAUCAAAAUUAAAAAUUGGAAUUGUGUGGAAUCGGCAAAAUUUGAAUUGUGAGGAAUCUGAAAUCCAAAAUUGAAAUUGUGAGAAAUCGGCCAAGUUGAAAUUGUGAGAAAUCGGAAUCGAAAAAUGAAUUGUGAGGAAUCAGCCAAAUUGGAAUUGUGAGGAAUCGAAUCUAACUUGGAAAAUCGAAUUGCGAGCAAUUGUCAAAAUUGAAAUUGUGAGAAAUCGUCCAAAUUGAAAAUGUGAGAAACCCAAAGUCAGAAAUGUGGAAUUGGAAAAUUGAUACAGGUGUUUGUAGAUCUUUGCAGGUUUCCUUCAUCAACCGCCUUCAUCAACCGCCAACCACUCAAUUUUCGUCACUACAGUCGCGGCCUAGAAACACUCCACCAUGACGGAACACAAAGAAGAAGAAGAGCCGACCACUACUAGUACUACUAAAAAGCCACGCCGCGUGGUACGUCGCAAAAGAAAACCCGCGGAAACGCCCGUGACGGUCGACCCUGUCUUGUUGCAAAAGGUCUUGACGGAAUCCGGAUUGCCCAAGGCGUACUCGUUUGAACUGGAAAAAUCGGUCCAACGGAUCCACGCCACAAAAGCCAGUCAUGUGGCGCUGCAAAUGCCGGAAGGGUUGCUCUUGUACGCGACCGUCUUGGCAGAUGCCUUGAAGCGUUUGGCGGCUCCCGUCUUGCAAGAUGUGUCGAUUUUGGGAGAUGUCACCUACGGCGCUUGUUGUGUGGGAGAUUUGGAUGCCCAAGCGUUGGGAGCGCAAUUGUUGAUUCAUUACGGACACUCCUGUUUGGUACCCAUUCAGCACACGGCUAUUCCGUGUCUGUACGUGUUUGUGGAAAUUCAAUUGGAUGUCCCGCAUUUGGUAGAGUGUUUGCACACGACUUUGCAGCAACGGGAACAGCCAGAGACGAACGUUCAUGUGUACGUUUUGGGAACGGUGCAAUUCCGACACGCUCUAGUAGAAGCCACGCGGUUAUUGACGGACGAGAAACAGUACCAACAUGUCUCCAUUCCACAAGCCAAACCCCUCUCUCCAGGUGAAGUACUGGGAUGUACAUCUCCCAAACUACAUCAACACUCCACCCCACAAGCCGUUGUUUGCUUUGUCGCCGACGGACGAUUCCAUUUGGAAAGUACCUUGAUCUCGAAUCCUCACAUUGACACAUUCUAUCGAUACGAUCCCUACGGAAAAACUCUCACGGAGGAAUCCUACAAUCACGACGCCAUGAAACAAAUUCGACAGGAAGCCAUUGCCAAAACCAAACAAUCGGCCAAUACAUUUGGAAUCAUUCUAGGGACACUGGGCCGACAAGGCAAUCCCGCCAUUGUGCGACAGAUUCAACAGUCUCUGCGGCAGCACAAGAAGCGAUCCUUUCUCAUGUUGCUGUCGGAAAUUACACCCGCCAAACUAAAACUGUUUGGAAACAAAAUUGAUGCCUGGGUACAAGUGGCAUGUCCUCGUCUCUCUGUCGAUUGGGGACACUACUUGGCGGCCAAGCCCGUAUUGACACCCUACGAAUUGUCCGUCUGCUUGGAAGAAACCAAAUGGCAAGACGUGUAUCCCAUGGACUACUACUCGCUCGAAGGUGGACCCUGGAGUAAUUAUCAUGUCGAAAAUAAACAGCGGCAAUUGUGAUACUCUCCGAAUGGUGAGCAAUGAGGGAUAAAACUGUACAAGUCUAAUUAUGAUAGGUAAAGACAUGUUCUUCUGGUGCUGAUGAUGACGAGAGAAACUUCCAUGCUUGAAUGAUGAGACUUGAUUCGAUUCCAUCGACCAACCAAACGAAUAGACAUGAACUGUAUCUCCCACAAGACAGCUUCCUAGCGAAUGUUCUUGAGAUGGGUACCACCACGAUGCUGUAAGAAGCAAGAAGCCAAGAGUUGCUUCAUGAAUACAGCUCGAGGUUGAAUGCACUACAGUACACAGCCCUGCUAUGUACUGGCGCAUCCUUGUCCGUUCUCGCAGCACAAGUCACAACACGAGCAACUGACUUCAUCGCAAUCGGCGGCUACAAAGUCCAUGGAACGCUCGCAAAACUCUGAUGGAACUUCUCCUUCCAAUGAGUUUCUUGCCAGAAUGAGAGUUCGGAGACUGCUGAGAUUGCUCAACGCGGGUGGGACCUCCCCCGUCAAAGCGUUCCAAUCCAGAGCAAUGUAUUCUAUAGUAGAGUGAAAGAGAAAGUGGACACACACACACAAGUCAGACGACUCUGCCUCUUCACUCCACUACUAGCCAGACCGCCGAAGCGACUCAUUCGACAAGACGUACCCAGGUUCGUGAGAGCAGUGAUUUCGGUGGGAAUGGUUCCUCGUAUAUCAUUGCGUUCCAUGCCCAAAUACACUAGGAAGACACACGAGUAGAAGUAGAACAAUAAGAAAUCAGAGCAUUGUUACGGUUUC